CUUAUUUAAGUUCUAUAUCCAUUUGUAACUUACUUAUUGAUUUACCCCCGUACAUCAAGUCCCCCAAAGCGUAUAAUGUUUAAUUAGUUGAGCAUAGGGACAAUUUUACCCAUGAAAUUUAUUCAAUUUUGUUUACUUUUUAAAAACACGGGGUGGGGGGGCAAAUACAUGGUUCCCUCACCAGUAAUAACGUCUCGAAAUGUUACGGGCAACACGUUCAUAUAGGUAUACAUCGAGAGGAGUAUGUUCAAGGAUGUCUUAGGCAUUACGCGCGUACGUAUAUUGCGUUGAUGUAACAGAUAUCACGUGACAGUAACUUGCAGGAUAACAGACAUCACUUGCUUCUGUCCCUUAUGCAAUUCAACUUGCGUGUGUAUUUUUAAGGUAACCUACGCGGUAACGAAUUAUUAAUUCACGAAACGCCCGAUUCAAGUACCGCGAAGUUUCCUGCACUGAUAUGGUAUUUUUAUAUACCAUAUUCACAAACGCUAGACGUAGAGAUUCUCAAGUAAAGAAGGCUCAAUAAUAAAUUGAUCAGUCCGCGUGAUAUUGGCUGUCAAAGUUCAGCCUUCACACAAACAAAGCAACAGUUUAAACUAAACUGAACUGUGGCUUAAUAUUAUCUCAUUCCCAUAUAAAUUGUUACUCAAAACUAUGAUUCGCUUAGGUACAAAACACGAUAUUGAACUGAGCUAUUAAUAUUAGAGAAGAAUUCUGAAAUACAAGACAUCUGAAGAAUGACUUUUUGCUGAACAUCGCUAGGACAAUGUUUAUGAUAUUACAGAGUGUGCUGAUGCAGACGUCUGCUGCCAACAUUGCCAGGACCAUAUUGUAUAUGGUUUUACUAAGUGUGUUCAUGCAGACAUCUGGCCAAGUACAGAGGCACGCUAUACAAUGUUUGGUCGAAAUUUCAUCAAGACACUUGACAUCAGCACAUGCCCUUGUAGUUUCAUAUAACAGUGCUCAGUUUCAAGAUAAUCAAAGCACAGUUUUCGGAAAGGAAUGUCGUAACAGAAGAAACGCAUUUUAUUUAGAAAUUGACUUUGUGGAUAAACUUCUAUGCGAUUUACAGGAGUCAGAAAAAUGGUUGUCUUUAGUUUAUUUCAACAAUAUGAACGAGAUGCCACAAAAUCGACAUGGAAGUUACAUGAUAAUAUCAAUGCAUCACCAUCGUCAAACUGUGGUACAAGAUAUAUCGGCCCAGGUGAAGAGACUCAGAAGUGGAUGGAACUGGAAUCCAAGAGCAAAAUUCGUAAUAUCAGUGACAAAUGCGCAAGUAAACUCUACCGAAGAGCUUGUGGCAGACCUUUUUGCCGAAUUAUGGAGAUGGAGGGUGGUAAAUGCUAUUGUUCUGAGCCCUGCUCCAGGACCGUACAACGCAACUCAACUAGAAGUGUACACUUGGUUCCCAUACCAUCCACCUGGUCGAUGUGGUAACGUUAGAGACGCGGUUGUGCUGGAUCGUUGGAUUGUCGAUGAGAGAGGUAAUGGGAACUUUCUGUAUAAUGCAUCGCUGUUUCCAGAGAAAGUUCCAAAUGAUCUCCAAAGUUGCCCCAUAAUCGCUUCAGUUUUUGAGUUACAACCAGCGGUAAUGAGUAAGAGAGGCAUGGCACAAGGCUCUGUCUCCGCGCACACUGUGUUUAACGAAGGCAUUGAGAUACGACUACUCCAAGAAUUAGCAAAAAGCAGCAAUAUGUCUAUUGAAUAUACACAACCAUCAAUGGAUGAGUUAUGGGGAGUUCCCCUAGAAAACGGAUCAUGGUCGGGGACUUCAGGUCAACUAAUUCAAGGUUCGGUGGACGUGGCUAUGGACUUCUACUUUUACAGAUGUGACGUAAUUAAAGAGACAGAAUGUCUGACACCUCACUUGAUCGACAAGGUGCGGUGGUAUGUUCCAUGUGCUGCACCUUAUCCUGGCUGGAUGAGUCUCAUCAGGGUGUUUACUCUGUCACUCUGGUUGGGGUUCCUGGCAUCUUAUUUCAUUGUCGCUGUAGCCAUGUGGCAAGUGGUAAAAAUAAGCAACAAGAUGUUUGUAAGGCCAACUGAGAACCAGGCUUAUACCAACCUCACUAAGUGUCUCAUCAACUUCUGGGCAGUUAUCCUAGGUAUUGUUAGAAUGACAAAACUAAUACGGAUGUAAUGGAUGGAGGACGUAAGUGAUGA